AUGGGACUAGGAAUUGAGAAAGAGGGUAGGAGGGGUGCAGUACACUGGGAUGGGGUAGAGUGGAACGAGGAGAAGAGGUGCGGUGCGAUGGGACGAGAUGCAGUCCACGGCAUGGCAUGGCAUGGCAUGGCAUGGCAUGGCAUGGCAUGGUGGUAUGGCGUGGCAUGGUGCGGCGUGGCGUGGCGUGGCGUGGUGUGCUGUAGUGUGAUGUGGUAUGGCGUGGCGCGAGGGAAAGCUGCCACCGCCGCCGCCGCCGCCGCCGGUUCGCGCGCUCUUCUCAAUGGCAAUGGCAUUGGCGGCGGCAACGGCGGCGGCGGUGGCGGUGGCGGUGGCGGCGGCGGCGACGGUGGCGGUGUGUUUUAG